AUGCCUCUUCUGGAAGCCCGAGUUAAGAGCGUCUUGUCAGGGGACACAGUGGUGCUCACUCACGUCUCGAAUCCAACUCAGGAACGCAUCUUGAGCCUGGCCUACGUUUCUUCUCCGAGACUGAAGAGAGAAGGAGACGAGCCGUUCGCAUUCCAAUCUCGAGAAUUCCUACGUGAGCUCCUCGUCGGCAAGGUAGUACAGUUCCAGGUUCUGUAUGCCAUCCCCACCGGUGCCAAAAGGGAGUACGGAAUCGUGAAGAUCCCCGGUGCCAAUGGCAAGGACCUGCCUGAGCUCUGUGUCUCCGAAGGCUGGGCCAAGGUUCGAGAAGAUGCGGGCAGGAGAGACGAGAGCGAGGAUGCGGCUGUACUGCUGAACAGCUUGAGAGAGCUCGAGACUCGUGCUAAGUCAGAGUCGAAGGGUGUCUGGGCGGGAGACGACAAGAUUGACAUGGCAUAUGAAGUGAAAGAUCCACAGGAACUACUUGAGAGCCUAAAGGGGACUCCAAUUGACUCAGUGGUGGAAAAAGUUCUGAGCGGUGACAGGUUCCUGAUCCGACUGCUGAUUUCUCCCAAGAAGCAUGUCCAGACGCUGGUGGUUGCAGCUGGUAUCCGUGCACCAGCUACCAAACGAGUAAACCCUUCUGAUGGAUCAGAGCAACCGGGAGAGCCAUAUGGUGACCAGGCACAGAUGUUUGUUGAAAUGAGACUGUUGCAGAGAAAGGUCAAAGUCACAUUGCUUGGAUUGACCCCUCAGAACCAGCUCGUGGGUACUGUUCUACAUCCUGUUGGAAAUAUUGCCAAAUUCCUUUUGGAGGCCGGUCUUGCGAGAUGUGCGGACCAUCACUCUACGAUGUUGGGAGCCGAUAUGGCUAUCCUUAGACAGGCAGAGAAGACCGCCAAAGACGCUCGCAAGGGGCUAUUUACCAGCCAUGUUGCCCCCAAGGCAGCGGCUGCAUCUGCAGAUACUGAUCUAGUGGUUAGCAGGGUACUGAAUGCGGAUACCAUCUUCCUGAGAAACAAGGCCGGCGCUGAGAAGAAGAUAAGUCUUAGCAGUGUCAGACAGCCAAAGCCAUCAGACCCCAAACAGGCACCGUUCGGAGCAGAUGCCAAAGAGUUCCUCCGAAAGAAGCUAAUUGGCAAGCACGUAAAAGUUACCAUCAACGGAAAGAAGCCAGCUUCAGAAGGAUUUGAGGAACGAGAGGUUGGUACCGUUUUGGUUGGCAAUGCCAAUGUGGCCAUCAGUCUGGUAGAAGCUGGUUAUGCAUCCGUCAUCCGUCACCGUAGGGACGAUGACGACCGAUCCCCUGACUAUGAUGCCCUCCUACUUGCUGAGGAGAAGGCGCAGAAGGAGGAGAAAGGCAUGUGGUCCUCCAAGCCUCCCAAGGUCAAGCAGUUCCAGGACUACUCCGAGAACGUCCAAAAGGCCAAGAUGGAAUGUUCUGUUCUCCAGAGACAGAAGAAAGUCUCUGGUGUGGUCGACUUUGUCAAGUCCGGAUCACGAUUCACCGUCCUGAUACCGCGAGACAAUGCUAAGCUGACCUUUGUCCUUUCUGGAAUCCGCGCCCCCAGGUCAGCCAGGAACGCCAACGAAAAGUCUGAGCCCUUUGGACAGGAGGCCCAUGACUUUGCUAACCGCAGGUGCAUGCAGCGAGACGUUGAGAUUGACGUUGAGACCAUUGACAAGGUUGGCGGCUUUAUCGGAACCCUCUACGUCAACAGGGAGAACUUUGCCAAACUUCUAGUGGAGGAAGGUCUUGCAACAGUCCAUGCCUACUCUGCCGAACAGUCUGGCCAUGGAACCGAGCUGUUUGCAGCCGAGCAGAAGGCAAAGGAGGCCAGAAAGGGUCUCUGGCGAGACUGGGAUCCCAGCCAGGACGCAGAGGACGACGAAGGCGCACCCGCUGCUGGCAGUGGUGCUGCUGGAGCCGGCGCAGGCGCAGAGGCACCCGCACGAGGAAGAGACUACCGUGACGUCAUGCUCACACACGUCGAUGAGGACGGCAAGUUGAAGCUACAGCAGAUCGGAGCUGGCACCACCAACCUCACAGAGCUGAUGGACUCAUUCCGAUCAUUCCACAUCAACAAGGCCAACGACAAGCCCCUUGAGGGUCCACCCAAGGCCGGAGAGUUCGUUGCCGCCCGGUUCACGGAAGACAACGAGUGGUACCGUGCUAAGAUCCGACGCAACGACCGUGAAGCCAAGGAGGCCGAUGUCGUGUAUAUCGACUACGGCAACUCGGAGAAGGUCCCUUGGUCGAGACUGCGACCGCUCGCUCCCCAGUUCUCCCAGCAGAAGCUGAAGGCCCAGGCCGUCGAUGCGGCCAUGUCCUUCCUGCAGUUCCCUACCUCCCCUGAGUACCUCAAGGACGCCAUACACUUCCUAGCCAGCCAGACUGUCGACCGCGAGCUGGUUGCCAACGUCGACCAUAUCGCUGACGGCGUCCUGUAUGUCACACUACUGGAUGCCUCUGCCUCUCAGAACCUGGAGCAGAGCAUCAACGCCGAGGUAGUGCGUGAAGGCCUGGCGAUGGUCCCCCGUAAGCUGAAGCCGUGGGAGCGCGCCUGCACCGACACGCUGGCUAACCUCCGCAAACUGGAGGAGGAAGCAAAGCAAGAAAGAAGAGGAAUGUGGGAGUACGGUGAUAUCACCGAGGAUUAA